AUGGAGAUGGACAAGCUAUGGACGAUCAACAAGAAACUGAUCGACCCUGUGUGUCCGCGCCACACCGCCAUCCUCCUCGCCGCCCGCGUGCCGCUCACCCUCACCAACGGGCCCGAAGCCCCCUUUGUGCGCGUGCUGCCGCGGCACAAGAAGCACCCCCCAGCGGGCAUGAAGGCGACGGUGUUCUCCCGGCGCGUGUGGCUGGAGGGGGCAGACGCACGCGUGAUCAAAGAGGGCGAGGAGGGGGAAGGGGGAGCGAAGGAGGGGGGAGGGGAGGGCGAGGGGGAGGUGGAGGCGAUGGAGGGGGUGCUGCAUCUGGAGGGGUCGGUGAAGACGACAAAGCUGAAGCUGACGUGGCUGGCAGACAGCGAUGAGCUCGUGCCUCUCACCCUUGUGGAGCUGGACUACCUCAUCACCAAGAAGAAGUUGGAUGAGGGCGAUGACUUCCUGGCGGCACUCAACCCGCGCACGCGGUGGGAGGAGGCGGCGGUGGGAGACGCCAACAUGCGCAACCUGCAGCGGGGGGACAUCAUACAGCUGGAGCGCAAGGGCUACUACAUCUGUGACCAGCCGCUCGUGAGGCCGCACAAGCCCAUGGUUCUCAUCGCCAUUCCCGAUGGCAGGCAGAGACCCCCUCCUGGUGCAGCUGCUGCUGCUGCUGCCAAUUCCCCCCUCUCCGAUUCCGCCCUCCAGUCCACACCACUUAUUCCCUCUUCCAUCUCCCCUCCCUUCCCCGCCCUUCCAUUCCUCCUCCCAUUCCCCGUUCACCCCUCCCGUUCCCCCUCCCAUCCCCCCUUCCCACCCAUUUUCCAGUCGCCCCCACAUUGUCCAUCCCUUUCCCCUCCCUCGUAUUCCCCUCUCUCGUCCACCUUUCCGUUCCACUCUCCCAUUCCCCCUAACCACCCCCCCCCCCCCUCUCCAAUUCCCCCUACAUGUUCCCCUCCCAUUCCCCCGUCAUUCCCCCUUCCCACCGUCAACACUUCCAACCUGCAGCCAUGUGCGGGCCUAUUAACAAACCACGAGGUGUUUGAGCUGCUCACAGACCGAGGCGCCAUGGGAGCAGUGGACGUGUCACAGGGCGGCAUGGGACCGGCAGCCAUAGAGUGCCAGGUCUACACCUAUCUCUGCGCCGCCCCUGCCGCCACACAGACGCGGGCGGCCGUGGCUAAGUGCACGGAGCGGGCGGCAACAUUUGGACUGACGCGGAUGGAAACGCUGCAGCUGGUGAAUCUGAGGCCGUCCCAGCCUGUAGAAGCACACCUGAUCAUAGCAGACUGUGAAAUGCGUCUGCCAGGUGAGAGGGUGGAGCAGCUGCUGCAAGUGGUGGAAGAGACACUGCCCGCUGCACCAGAGCUGGAAGGAGGUGCAGAGGAGGAGGAGGGGGGUUGA